AUGGGUGGAGGACAAGUGUAUUCCAGACAAAAUAUAAAAAAGUUAACCGUGACAGAAUGCGUUCGAAUGAUAGAUGGGGACGGAGUAUGGAUGAUUAAACUAAAAAUGCAAAGUCUAGCGAAGUCCUCGUUUCGUGCCAAUCUAAUAGCAAUGCAAAUCCUUGGAUUCUACCCUCCUGAAAAUUACAAAAAGUGCUAUAAAGUAUACUCUUACUGCGUCUAUGUAAUUUUUACUAUUUUAAUCCCGCUAUUGGCCGCCAUGAAUCUCCUCGUAGGACAAGAAAUCGACUUAGGGCAAAUAUCAGACAACGCGUUUCUUGUCUGUCAAACCGGAUGUUUCAUCGUCAAGUUUCUACCCUUCGUGAAAAAUGACGACCUGGUUAAAAAAAGCAUCUACAUGUUGGAAGCUCCAAUAUUCAAUAUUGCUACAACAAAUAACCAGGAAGAAAUAAUCCUCGAGUGUGUCUCAACUUGUAGAAGAAAUUGUCGCCUAUUUUUAACUUUUUGCCUAAUCACGUUGAUCAACUGGGCCAUCAUACCGUUCUUCAUUCCCGGAAAGCACCUACCUAUUGAAAUCUGGUUACCCUUUGACUAUAAAACAGACCAAAAAUUGUACGUACUGAGUUUCCUUUAUGCAGUUGCUGGGGUGGGUAAUGGAGCUUUGUCUAGUGGCGUGAUUGACCCGUUGUUAGCCGGACUGACUUCUCAUGCCACCAGUCAAAUUCGACUGUUGAAAAACAACCUAGAAUUCCUUGAAGAAUACGCCGAGAAGGAAAUACAGACCAUUUGUGUUAAUAAUGUCGAAAAAGAAUUAAGGAAAUUUCAGCUAAUUUAUGAAAAAAUCAAGUUGUGUGUUAGGCAUCAUGACGCUAUUUUAGAUUUUGUCAACACGUUUGAAAAUACCUAUUCUUUGGCUAUAUUUUUCCAGUUUGCGGCAAGCGUGGUCGUGAUAUGUAUUUCAUGUUUGCGUCUAAGUAUGGUUGAACCAUUCACUUUUACUUUCUUUGCCAUGAUUUUGUUUCUUUGUACCAUGCUUGCAGAAGUUUUUCUUUACUGUUACUACGGGACGAUACUUUUUGAGGAGAAUAACACUUUAAUAAGUUCGAUUUAUAUGGGUAAAUGGUACAACUACGACGUAAAAUCGCAGAGAGCUUUAAUUACCCUGAUGGAACGUUCAAAGCGCCCUUUAAUAAUCACUGCAGGCCAAAUUUUGGAUUUAUCGUUAGAAACUUUCACUACGAUUUUACGAAGAGCUUAUUCUUUGCUUGCUGUUUUAAAAAACUACUAA